AUGAAACUAAAAGGAAUUGUUUCUCAUGUCUCCAUUCAGCCGACGAAAAUUCAACCUAUUAUUGUGAAAUUCCAAAAUGGUAAACUACAAAACAAUCUGGUCAGGAAAAUGAAAUGUGGUUUAUUUUACGAUGAAAGGGAAAAAAAAUCCUUGUUAGGAAUUUCCAAUAACCAUGUUGUUUACAAAGGCCAUCGUCCAAAAAAUCAACUAACUUAUCCUAUGCUGGCAAUCCACAAUAAAAAAACAGGUAAAAUUAAAUUGAUUCAAGCAGAAAGAUGGUUGGUAUUUCCAACGACUAAAAAGCAGUUGAUAUCUAAUAAAAACAAUGAAGAUAAUCAAAACAAUCUACUCAACAAAGAAUUUGGUUCAAAAAAAGUCAAACGAAGAACUAUUCAAAAUAGUAAAAUGCAAGUUAGCAUAGAUGCAGUACAAGAUCAACUUGCAGAAACUGUUUCUCAGAUCGAAGUUGAUCAAGAUGAUUUGAAAGUUGAAACAAUCGAUGACAAAUUUAGUAGUUUACCUCCGUGUAAUCGUACUGCAUCAGUUGUUCAUGAGGUUUACAACUUGGAGGAUAUUAUUCCUGCAGAAAAACUUAUGUUGAUGUGUGAGAAUUGUGAUAGUUUGUUACAAAAUGAAGAAAAUAGAGAAGCUAAAAGAAGAAGCUCGGAGAUAUCUGCGAUUCCAGAAAUAAGUGAUUAUGUUAUAAAUACUUAUAGUAUGUUGAGCGCGAAGGGAAGGGCGCGUCCAGUCAGUAUAAGAGACAAAGCUGUAAUCCAUAGCAUUAUUUUAGCUUUAAUGGUGAAUGAUUUCAAGUUAGAUUUGAAAUCAUUUAAUGAAGUGUUUACUUGUCGUCUGGGUCUUCGAAAAUUAACAGAGUUAGCUCGAAUUGUUGGAGCUGUUCCAAGUAAAGACAACAAAGAUGUACUUAUAUUGAAAAUUCCUUUAGCUAGUGCUAUCGAUAUAACAAAAAAAUCCAGAAAAAAAUAA